AAGAUAAAUAAUAAAUCGUUUGGUUUAGACUUUAGAGGAAAGAAAUCUCUAAGUAUAUAAACACAAAGUAAUAAAUUCAAACAAAAGAAUAAAUAUAAAAAAGAACGAAAAGAAAAACUGUCUCUCUCUCUCUCUUUCGCUCCUCUUUCUCUCUCUUCCAUUUCCAUGGUGGAACAAACGGAAAACGCAGUGUCACCGGAAAAAGUAUCCAACAACACAACAAAUUCACUGUAAUUGGAGCAUAAUUAGGGUUCAUCAAUUCCUUGAAUUCAAACAAUGCCUAUCUCCAGGUACCGUAUUCGGAAUGCGCAUGGUUUAGCGGAUCCGGAGCUCAUCGGUGCCGCCGAUAAGGAUGACUCCGAAGCUCUCCUUGAAGCCGUAGCCAUGACUGGACUCGUCGGUUUCUUGCGCCAACUCGGUGACCUUGCUCAGUUUGCCGCUGAGUUGUUCCACGACCUGCAUGAAGAAGUAAUGGCUACUGCUGAAAGAGGCCACAGUCUUAUGUCUCGUGUUCAACAGCUUGAGGCUGAAAUUCCUCCAAUUGAGAAAGCAUUUUUGUCACGAACUCAUCAUUCAUCUUUUUUCACAAAUGGAGGGAUUGACUGGUGUCCUAAUCUUCGGUCUGAACAGAAUCUCAUUACUCGUGGAGAUUUACCAAGAUUUAUAAUGGAUUCAUAUGAAGAAUGCCGUGCUCCACCUAGACUUUUUCUUCUAGACAAGUUUGAUGUGGCUGGUGCUGGGGCAUGUCUGAAGCGUUAUACGGAUCCAUCAUUCUUUAAAGCAGAGCCUGCUUCCUCUGCAACAGCAACAGUAGAAGUUCACAGGGAAAGGAAAAUUCGCAAAGUCAAGCCGAAAAAAGGAGAAUGGCUGAGGGAUGGUGAAGCCCCUGGAGUUGUGCCCUCACAUUCAAAACUUCAUCAGUUGUUUCUUGAGGAGCGUAUUGAGAAUGCCUGUAGUGAUCCUGCUCGUCUUGUGAAUUUGAAAAAAAGACAAUUGGAUGGAUCUGCAGUUGAAUCAAAAUCUGGGAGAAGCUACAUGGAGAAAUUUCUGGAAAUCCCCUCACCUAAUCAUAAAAUGGUCUGUGAAACUUCAGUCAUUCAGCAGCCUGUGAAAUUGAUGUCAGGCGACACUAGUGAAACUGGGAUUAAAAUACUUGGCAUCAAUGGCAUUUCACCUAUGGGAAGGUCUAUGGAAAAUGGAAAGACACAUUCUUCAUCAAAUGAACAAGAAUUAGAAUUGAAUUCAUGCGCAGAAAUGGACAGGAGGACAAAUAGAUAUCUUGUGAAGGAGCCUGAACAAAUCUUUUCUGGAGGGACUGGGACAGAUGAAAUGUAUUCUAAGCAUCUCAAGGUACUUGAUGAAACCGAACUGGAGGAUGACGAUGAACAAAAUAAAAGAGAAUGCAGCCCAGACGGCUGCCAUUCUGAUGAUGCGGCUAGUGAGGUUGAUGAUUAUAUGGAUGCAUUAGCUACCAUAGACUCAGAGUUGGAAAUAGACAAUGAGUGUAGACCUAAGGAAAGCUUCUUGAAUGUUCAAAAGGUAACUGAUUCAAAUGGUGACGAAGAACAUCAACUGCAAGCUCAAUUUUCAGAUUCUCAAUCAUUUGGAGAUUCGUCAUUAUCUGAGGAAAUGAGUUUAUUUGAACAAGAUAGAAGUGAAGAGCAUAAUGAAGUGCAAGCUCGACUGCCAGAUUCUUGGUCCGGAGGAACCCCUGGUGCAUCAGAUGAUAAUAGUUCAUUCAAAGGAGAUAGAAAUCAAGAGCAUACCCAACUGCAAGUUCCGUUUUCAGAUUCUCAAUCUAUUGGAAACUCCUCACUGGAGACUGGAAAUAUGUCAUCCAACCAGCUUCCGCAAACUGUUGAAUUGCAAAAACCUGGUGGUGAAUUUGUCACAAAUGAUGAUGCACAUGAUCAGGGGCGAGCAAUAUCUGAUUCUAGACCAGUCUCUUCUGGUUCAUGUCUGGAUUCAGAAUGUUUAUUGUUGUAUUCAGAUCAUGGACCUACAGCUACCUCACUAGUGUCCCUACCUACGAGGACUCAAUCAGAUGAAACACCACAUGUUCCUGUUGAAUAUCAUUUAAGAUUGGAAGAUGACAAAGCGGCUCUUUCCCCAAUAAAAGAUAAUACUUGCCCAGUUGUUUAUUUUGACAACAAUUCUUCGAACAACUUGGAUGUUUCUGAUCAUCAUGUCCAUUCCAAUACUCUGUUACAAGUUUCCGAUGAAUUGAAUUUAGCUCAUGAAGGCAAAUGUGGCGAUCUUUCUCACAUCGAAACAUUGCAGGCAGAUUCUCUAAAUGAGUACUGUUAUGAAAUAUCGGUUGUUGGAGACAUUGGUUCACAGGGGGAGGAUCCCAUUUGCCUGCCCAUGGAAAUAGACCCGAAUUCAGGUACUAAGCUGCUGCUUGACGUCCCAGACUUAAAACCUAACGAUGAUAUUAAAACAAUGCAACUUGACUCAGAAGGUUUAUAUCCUGUUGUGGAGUCUUCCGUGGAGAAUAGCUUUACAGAAGAACUAUGCUCUGAUUUUACACACGGAAAUCCACGAGAUGGACCAGAUUCGGCUGAAUUUGAAUUUAUGUAUCCUGAUCAGUUAUCAAGGAUAAAUCUUGGCGAUGAAAUCAAUGGAUCCACCUGCAGUUUGGGUCCAGUUGAAGAUGAUAAUUGUAUUAAACAUUCAGCUUCCCCUGAUUACAUACUGCAGGACGACGAUCUCAUGGUAAAUGGUAUGGUCCCUGUAGAAGUUCAGUCCAAAGAUCUGGAUGUAUCUGCUGUUCCUUCUCUUGAUAAUGCUGAACCUGGUGCAAGCAUUGCUAGUUGUCUAGCUUCAAAUUCUAUUUCUUCCCCAUCAAUCAAUCCUUCAAAUUUGCACGAAUCUUUCCUAGGUUCUUCAGAUUCCCAUACAAUGGAAAUGGUAUCCGAUGAGGUAGAGUUGACAAAAAAUUCCGCAGACUUGAAUGCAGAGAAGAAGGAAAGUCAACUGGAACCGUUUUCAUAUAUCACAUCUCCAGUGAGUAGUCUUACAAAGUUGGAAGAACCUCCUACUUUUGAAGAUCCUCAUGAAAAAAAUAUGGAAGUCAAUGAAGAAGUUGCAAGAGAUUCUUUGCCAGAGUUAAAAUCACAUAUAGAAAUGGGUCAACUGGAAAUUGCUUCAACUGAUGAACGGUUGAACCUGAACGGAUCAGUUCCUUCUGACUCUAGUAUAUGUAAUAAUCAUCAACAUUCACUGCUUAAGGAGAAAAUACAAGAUGGUUCUUCUCCCAAUGACAUGAAAAUGGCGACCCAAUGUUCAGAGCUAGACACCCAGAGAUCAGAAUGUACAUUUGGUUUCCAGAUUGAUCUACAGAACAGCAAAGAUAGGUUUUCACCACCUUCCUAUAAUCAACCACAGCCAGAGAGCCACAUUGAGUUUGCUUCUGAAGUCCAUCCAGGGGAGCCUUCACAUGGUUCCUUAUCAAUGUCAUCUGAUCAAAAGAUUAGCCCAACAAAACAUGUCAUGGAUUCAUUGAAACCUCUACUUCCUGAUCUUUUUCCCAAGGCAGCCAAAAUCAAUCUUGAGGAGACGCCACCUAUGCCGCCUCUACCACCAAUGCAAUGGAUAAUGAGCAAGGUUCAAAAUGCUUCCCCAGUUUCACAGAGAGAAGAAAUAUGUGUGAGUCCGGUAUCAUUCCAACCAAUACAGCCUGUUAUACCUGAUAAGAGUCAAUUUGGUUUAUCAACUUCUGAAAGAGUAACCAUUCCGUAUCAGAAUCGUUUUUUGCCUGUUGUGGCUGUGGAUAGUAAUGAAAGCCUACACCUUCCGGGGAUAUCAGCAGGUGUUUCAGAGCAUCCUGUUGCUAUUCCUUUGCAAUAUCCUGUGAUGGUAAAUGGAGCAAAUGCUCAACAUAAUUACCUAGUUCAGGAGAGAAGCCAAAUCUACAACCCUUUCUUAACAUUACCCUUGUUAUCUUAUGGUGGACUUCCCCAUGGAUGUGUCAUUGCUUCAGAGGGAGAAAGCAUAUUGAAAUCAAGUCCAUGCCCACCAAUACUACCUGCUGAAUGUGCUUUUAAUGGAGAUAAUCCCAUCUAUCAACAAGAAAGACUUUCUCAAUUCACAAGUCAGUUAAUGGAAGAUACUAGAUUAGAAGCUAAAAAGGAUAGUAAUGGAGAGAGCGUAUUGAGUUCAAGUCUAUGGCCACCAAUACUGCCCUCUGAAUGCGCUGUUCCUGGGUCUUAUCCCAUCUUUCAACAAGACAAACCGACUAAGUCUGCUAGCCAAAUAAUGGAAGAUACAAUCGAAGCUAAAAAGGAUAGUCCUGGAGAGUUGCAUUUGGUGCUAUCUGCUGAAUGUCAUGUAUCUGGAGAAGAUCCUAUUUCUCCAGAAGAGCAACAUUCUCAUUCUCCAAAUCACUUCAUGGAAGAGACUGUUUUAGAAUUUACAACGCAUGAGGAGUCAUCUAUUGAUUUGGAAAGGGAUCAAGGAGAUCAUUUAAUCUCACCCGAGUCACCACCAAGUACAGAAGUUAUGCAGCCCAAUCACAGCCAGCUGCCUCCAGAGGGGGAUCAGGCACUCUCAUUAGAUGCAUCUUCCCAAUCAUCAGAGUUUGAUAGUCCAAUACCAAAUGGAAAACCAAAGAAGAAAAAUCUUCUUCCUCCUCCCCAGAACCAUUUAUUUGAUGUUGCUGCUGCUCUUGACAAAAGCAGGCUGAGGAAGGUUACUGAUCGUGUUAGGCCCCAGAUAGCACCAAAGGUAGAUGAUAGAGACUCAUUGUUAGAACAGAUUAGAACGAAGUCCUUCAACUUGAGGACUGCUGUGGUCACACGACCCAAUAUUCAGGGUCCGAAAACAAACUUGAGGGUUGCUGCCAUCUUGGAAAAAGCAAAUUCUAUUCGCCAGGCAUUGGCUGGAAGUGACGAAGACGAUGAUGCAGACAGUUGGAGUGAUUCUUGAAUUAACUAUACAUAAUGAAAAACACUAAUCUCGGUGCCAGUACAUGUUUUUUCUAUUGUGAGUCUUGCUCGAAAUCAGGUGUAAAAAGUCUUUCUUCUCUAUAAUGAAUAGGAAAUUUACUUUAAUACACAAGAUUCAUUAUCCUAUUGUGUGUUCAUCUAUGAUACCCUGGACAACUUAUGUUCCCUCCCGAGUCCACUCAAUUCACAUACAGUUUCAUAAUACAUGUGAACAAGCACCCUGUGUUGCAUCGAUCGAGAGCAUUUUACAGAGGUGAAACUUGCAUAAAUAAAAUUCAGGUUCAGCGUGUAAGCACUGUAUCCAUCCAGAUCAACCAACCUAUCAGAUUUUUUUUUCUGCAUAUAAGUAUGUGUAUAUUUGUGUUGUGGUUGUCAUAAUUUUUUGAUUCAUUGUCAUGAGUAAAUCUGUAAUUCUAUAAUAUAGUGGAUUACUAAUAAUUGGCUUGAAAUACCAUGUAGUUCAUCUGUUUGUGUCCCAUACGUAGUAUAUAUGUGUAUACAGGCGAGCAAAA